AUGACUGUAGAUAUUGACAGAAUCGUUGAAAUCACUGAAAACUACUUGGAUGCUGAUUUCUGUACCUCCACUCUUGAUAAAUUCUUGUUCUCAUCUGAAAAUAUUUCUAAGGCUUCAAGCAAACUCAUUGAAGCUGCUUCUAAGAAUGCUAUCGCUGGAUUAAGUGAAUAAUCAGUUUUCAUUGACUAAUACAAGAGCAAAACUGAAUUCGCUAAUGCCAUCGGAUAUGAAAUCUUUGAAGCUUUCCUCGAAUUAACUAUUAACUUCAUUUUCUACCAAUUGGUAUCUCUUAUCUCUGGAGCUGACUGCACUAGCAAUUUCUGUGUCUCUGCAAGCACUUUCUAACUUUUCAAGGCUCUUAAAAUUGCCUACAAAUUCUCUAAAGUUAUUAAAGUUGGAGUUCAAGGACACUACAAGAAAUCUAUUAAAUUAUUCCUUAAGUACUCUUCUAAGGAACUCGGUAAAUCCUUUGGAAAGAGUGUCAUUCCAAUUCCCAUGAUUGGAAACAUCUUUGGCUCUUUCCUUGGAGGCAUUGGAUAAAGAAUCUUCAUGUGA